AGAGAUAUGAUUUUGGGCUCUUUAUAAAAGCUCAAGCAUUUCACCUGACUUUCACACCUGUGUCCACCAAUUGAUGAUGAGGAUGCUGGGAAUAUUGCUCACUGUUGCCAUCUGUCUGAGUACAGCAAAGGCUGCCUCUCUGGGUGUUGUGCACACCGAGGGAGGCAUGGUAGAGGGAAAGAACAAGGUUGUUGGAGUCUUACGCUACGUGGAUGUGUUCAAAGGAAUCCCAUUCGCCGCACAACCAGGAAGAUUUCAGAAGCCGGUUCCUCACCCAGGCUGGACCGGUGUUCUGAAGGCCACUGAAUACAGCAAACGGUGUAUGCAGGUGAAUCUUCUUCAGAAUGACGUUGUGGGCUCUGAGGAUUGUCUUUACCUGAAUAUCUUCGUUCCUCAGGGCACAUCUGUGUCUACUGGUUUGCCUGUUAUGAUUUUCAUCUAUGGUGGUGGAUUUCUGAAGGGUGGUUCUCAGGGUGCAAAUUUCCUUGAUAACUACUUGUACGACGGACGGGAGAUUGCAGACAGGGGAAAGGUCAUUGUGGUGACAUUGAACUACCGUCUUGGCACCUUGGGAUUUCUCAGCAGUGGAGAUGAUGAACUUCCUGGAAACUAUGGCCUGUGGGAUCAGCAGGCAGGCAUUGCUUGGGUACACAGAAACAUCAAGGCUUUUGGUGGUGAUCCAAACAACAUUACUAUUUUUGGCGAGUCAGCAGGGGCGGCCAGCGUGAACUUCCAGAUUAUUUCUCCCCAUAACAAAGGCUUGAUCCGCAGAGCCAUCUCACAGAGUGGUGUUGCCCUCUGCCCCUGGGCCGUAAACAGAAAUCCACGAGAAUUUACUGUGCAGGUUGCAGAGAAGGUUGGAUGUCCUACUGAUGGUGGGAUGGUGUCCUGUCUAAAGAUGACAGAUCCAGAGCUUUUAAGUGUUGCUGGGAAUGUGAUCCUGGGCUCAUCUCCUACUGAGCCUGUUGUCCACAAUCUUUUUCUGUCUCCUGUCAUUGAUGGUGACUUCUUGCCUGAUGAGCCUGAUCAACUUUUCCACAACGCUGCCGACAUCGACUACAUCGCUGGGGCAAACGACAUGGAUGGCCACAUCUUUGCCACCUUAGACAUCCCCUCUAUAAACAAUGCGCUGGUGUCCACUCCUAUAGGUGAUGUCAAGAAGCUCGCCAAUUCCCUGACCAGAGCCAGAGGCCCAGACGCCGGUGCUGCUGCGUAUAAAGAGUAUACCAUCAACUGGGGUAACGACCCUAGCGAUAAAGACAUUAAGAAAACUGUUGUGGAUUUGGAGACGGAUUACAUCUUCCUGGUGCCGACCCAAGCUGCCCUGUACCUGCACGCUAAUACCUCUGACACUGGACGAACCUACUCAUACCUGUUCAGUGAACCUUCUCGCAUGCCUGUAUUUCCCAUCUGGAUGGGUGCCGAUCAUGCCGAUGAUCUACAGUAUGUAUUUGGAAAACCCUUCGCCACUCCUCUGGGCUACUUUCCCCGCCAUCGUGAUGUCUCUGAUUACAUGAUUUCCUACUGGACCAACUUUGCCAAAACUGGCAACCCUAACAGCGGUGGAUCAAAGGUGCCUGUGACCUGGCCCCAGUUUACCACCUCAGGCCAUGAGUUCCUAGAGAUCAACCACAAUACGAACAAAAACAGUGUGAAGCAAAAGCUAAGGCUGCGCUAUGUUUAUUACUGGACCACUGUCUACACAAGCUACCCCCUCAUCCAGAAAUAAACACUUCUGUACAUUCAUGUGGCCCAGUCACACUGUGCCUUGAUUCAUGCAAUAAACAUUUGUUAAUCAAAUCAA